AUGUUAACAUUGGCAUUUUAUUUCAUGUUGGUGCAACCUAAAUAUUACCUAGAGCUUCAAGCAGAGCUGGAUAGCGUGUUCGCCGACCGCAGUGGUCAUCUUGAUCCCACUGCUUUAUCCGGCUUGAAUCUUCUUAAUGCCAUCAUCAACGAAACUCUUCGCUUGUCUUCACCUUUCUUUCUCCCCCGCAUUGUUCCUUCGGGAGGGUUUGUUCUGGACGGGAGGCACAUACCAGGAGGCACAACCGUCGCUAUCGCAACUCAUUCUUUGCACACAAGUCCUGUCCAUUUCUCACCGAUGCCUCAAGCGAUCCUCGGUAAAGAGUGUCAUACAGACAAAAAUGCUUUUAUGCCCUUUUCAUCUGGUCCACAUGCAUGUAUCGGUAAAAACUUUGCUUAUCAACAACUGCGACUCAUUGUCGCGCGCCUUGUAUUGGCCUAUGACAUGAAGUUUGCUGAUGGGUUCGAUAGUCAUACAUAUCUCAAGGGGACAGUGCCCCUACUCGCUACUUGGUUUCGUAAACCUCUAUUAGUUAAAGUCAUCAAACGCUCUGGUAUUGACUUGGAUAAAUAUGUGUAG